CAUAUAGACACGCAGAUUAUUCGCAACAGCAACUAUUGCAAUUUUGUGUUCUUCAGUCAACGACCACGUUCAUAUAUGAACACGUUUUUCAUAUAGUUAUUGUGCUAUUUGAUAGAAUAAAAGUUUCGAAUUUAAACAUUAGCUCAACAUUGUAGCUUUUUAGAACUUUCCUGACAGCACUUGAAAGCACCAUCGAUGCUUUCAUGGAACAGCUGGCUUCUUGUAAGAUCAUCUCCGUUCGUGUUACCACGUCGCGGCAUCCAGUGAGGUCAUUGUAAAGGUGGGCGGUGAGGGACCUGGUCCAAAACCAAGGGAGGAAACGUGUUUUGAACCACGGAGAAGAAGCUGCUGACUGCUUUGUUCACGCCGGGCUUCCCUCCAACCGCAGCCUCAUCGACGUGUCCAGCGACAACUAAAGUGUGACCAAAAUGCUGGCCGCUCACUACCUCUCCUGCUGCAGUCUACUCGUGCUACUAAAGAUAGUCCUUGCCCAGUACGAGCACCUCGGCUACCCACCGGGCUACCCAGAACCACAUGAGGAGGAGCACUACUCCGCUCCCCAGCUGGCACCUGACACUCCCAGAAUUCAGCUCCGACUGGCUGGAGAAAAAAGGAAGCACAACGAGGGUCGCGUGGAGGUUUUCUACAACGGCCAGUGGGGUACUGUCUGUGACGAUGACUUUACGAUCCACGCUGCGCAGGUGGUGUGUCGCGAGCUGGGAUACGUGGAAGCCGUAUCGUGGUCACCAUCGUCGAAAUAUGGAAAAGGAGAAGGACCCAUCUGGUUCGACAAUCUCCACUGCACCGGCAAAGAAAAGACUUUGUCAUUGUGUCCCUCCAACGGGAUUGGUGUUUCCGACUGCAAGCACAGUGAAGAUGUCGGCGUCAUGUGCAGCGACAAGAGAAUCCCUGGAUUUAAAUUUGUCAACACCCUGCCCAACCAUGUGGAGAACCUCGAUAUCCAAGUUGAGGAUGUGCGCAUUCGAGCCAUUUUGUCAUCGCUACGCAAACGGAUCCCUGUGACGGAGGGCUACGUGGAGGUGAAGGAUGGCGGCAAAUGGAAGCAGAUCUGUAAUACAGAGUGGAGCCAAUUUAACAGCAGAGUCAUCUGCGGCAUGUUUGGCUUCCCUUGGGAGAGGAAGUUCAAUACCAGAGUCUACAAGAUGUUUGCUCGCAGGAGAAAGCCCACAUACUGGGAGUACUCUGUAAACUGCACUGGCACAGAGGCCCAUUUGUCCAGCUGCAAACUGGGACAGGUUGAAUCCUUGAAGUCCAAUGGGACCUGCGAGGGCAGGUUGCCGGUGGUGGUGAGCUGCGUCCCUGGCAGAGCCUUUGCCCCAUCGGCUGCAGUUGGAUUCAAGAAGGCCUUCAGACAAGAGCAACCGUUGGUGCGUCUACGUGGCGGGGCCAUCGUAGGCGAGGGCCGCGUGGAAGUGUUGAAAAACGGAGAGUGGGGCACCAUUUGCGAUGACAACUGGAACCUGCUGUCGGCCACCGUGGUGUGCCGUGAGCUGGGCUUCGGCACAGCCAAGGAAGCGCUGUCCGGAGGUCGCCUCGGACAAGGUAUGGGCCCCGUGCAUAUGAAUGAAGUGGAUUGUUCUGGAUUCGAGAAGUCCAUCACUGAGUGUUCCUUCAACAAGGAGUCUGUGGGCUGCAGCCACGAGGAGGAUGCAGCCGUCAGAUGUAACGUCCCCGCUAUGGGCUUCCAGGAAAGGCUGCGUUUGAGCGGAGGUCGCAGUCCCUUCGAUGGUCGUGUGGAAGUGCUGGUGGAGAAGAACGGCACUCUGGUGUGGGGGACUGUGUGCGGCGAGGGCUGGGGAACCAUGGAGGCCAUGGUGGUCUGCAGACAGCUGGGCCUGGGCUUUGCCAGCAAUGCUUUCCAGGAAACGUGGUACUGGCAAGGCGAGGUGAGUGCGGACAGCGUCGUGAUGAGUGGCGUUCGCUGCUCCGGUACUGAGAUGUCUCUGUCCCACUGCCUGCACCACGGAGCCCACCUCAGCUGCCCUCAAGGUGGACGCAAUGCUGCUGGAGUCUCGUGCUCUGAGACGGCUCCAGACCUGGUGCUCAACCCUCAGGUGGUGGAGCAGACCACCUACAUGGAGGACAGACCCAUGUUCAUGCUGCAGUGCGCGUACGAGGAGAACUGCCUGUCCUCCUCCUCCAAACAGAUGCCGGCCAACUCCUACCGUCGGCUGCUGCGCUUCUCUUCGCAGAUCCAUAACAACGGGCAGUCCGACUUCCGCCCCAAAGUCGGCCGACACGCUUGGGUGUGGCAUGACUGUCACAGGCAUUACCACAGCAUGGAGGUGUUUACCAUCUACGACCUGUUCAGUCUGAAUGGGACUAAAGUGGCAGAAGGACACAAAGCCAGUUUUUGUCUGGAGGACUCAGAGUGCGAUGAAGGCAUCGAAAAGCGCUACGAAUGUGAUAACUUCGGCGAACAAGGCAUCACGGUCGGCUGCUGGGAUACGUACAGACACGACAUCGACUGCCAGUGGAUCGACAUCACUGACAUCAAACCUGGAGAUUACAUGUUCCAAAUUAUAAUCAAUCCAAACUAUGAGGUGCCGGAGUCCGACUACAGCAACAACAUCAUGAAGUGUCGAUGUCGAUAUGACGGUCAUCGUGUGUGGAUGUACAGCUGCCACAACGGUGGAUCGUUAAGCACCGAGACGGAGCAGACGUCUCCGGGCCUCCUCAACAAUCAGGUCACCCACAGGUAAAAAACUCAUCAGUCAUCAAUCAUUCACCCGCCAACAAGGAGAGCCUCCGAAAGCCCACGGUCACGACACAUCUCCACCUGCCGACGGCGGCCUUGCAGUCCCACAAAAAAAAAAAAAAAAAAACAAGCUCCAGCUGUAUGGUUACUAUCAACCUACAAGAGGGCACGUCAAUGGCUGUCAUGUGUUGAACAUCUUCAUGAAACCGUGCGGUGCCGAAGAACACGAUCCUGUUUGGUUCUAGUUGAAAGCUUUCCCGUAUAAUUUAAUGUCAUGGUGAGAAAAAAAAUGGACUCCGUUUCAGUAACUUGCUGUCUAAUCAGGUUUUGCACCAUUGCUUGUUUUGUGAAUUCCAUGUUAUUGUACUUUACCAUGGUGCUAUCUACCUGGCCCUCUGUUUUCUGAGGGUGCAGUACAUGUUGUACAUGUACAUGCCCUACGUAUACGAACAGUAUACUUGAACUGAGCAUAGGAAUUGUGUGUUUAUGUGUGUUAAAAUAUAAUAAAGUUGCAAACAAAACAGAUAAACGUGAUCUUGUUUCCAAUGA